ACUAUAUUAAGAUGUCAAGCGAAUUUUUUUGCCACUUUAUUUCUUAAGUGACCUUUUGUUUUUCGAAUGCAUUUUAUUUAUGAUUUUCCCAUGAAAUGAGCAAACAAUAGCGAUCGUUUAGAUCCUAUCGUUUUUUUCGAGCUGCAAGAAUUGGUGUGAAUAUGUGGUUCCAACUUUAGGCCAACAAGUUCCGGGUGCAACAAUCCUUGUACUAAUGAACAGCUGUUCUUAACUUCACGGUGCGCGAAAAGUGCCUAAGCGUCUGCCAUAACGAUGCUUAGUGUAUUGGUGAAACGUGCGACAGCACAGUGCUCAAGCGUCGUAUUGGCACCCCAGCUUCGGACUUUACGUGGCGCGCCGCCGAUGACUGAAGUUAAUGAUAAUGAUAGUGACAGUGCAAUCGGCGCUGGACAACCGAAUUGGCGAACCUCAAAGGCAGGUCGGCCUAUCAUGGGGAAAAUAAUCGAAGAAAAAUUCGAAAAGUACCCUAUAAGACAAACGCGCUCGUUAAGAGAACCGCUUCCGAUGAUUGACCUUGUUAGGUCCGAAAAACUCAGAGAGAAUUCAAAGAAGAAGGAGUACAGAGAAGAUGAGCAGGCAAAGUUUGACGAGGUUGCCGAGAUCGGUAAAGAAGAUGCACUGCAAGAUUAUAGGAUUAGUCAGUUCGAUGCGGCAUUCCUAGAUACCGUGGGGCCUGGAAUAAGGCCCGUAUACAAUGUUGCCGCACUUGCUGACAAGGUGGAAGUCAUCCAGAAAUUGAUUCAUCUCGGCGUCUCAAUGUACGAAUGGGAUAAGAAGCCUCACAUUACCCAGAACAUAAUCAAACUCGAUUGGAAUCGUGAUUGCGAGCCACGUAUUGAGUUACUGGUAAAUCAUGGUGGAGUGGACCCCGCUGAUCUGUCAAUCAUUUUGACAAAAAACCCGCUACUCCUCUGUGAGGAAUUUCAGCUUCUCGACACGCGGAUCAAAUAUCUUCAGGCUGAAAUAUCUGCUAAAUGGAACGAAGGCGGCUGGGGGAUGAAGUCGAACGAGAUUGGUAGAAUAAUAACAAAGGAUCCGUUUUGGUUAUCAUUCUCCGUGGAGCGCCUGGAGAAUCGACUGGAUUUCUUCAAAAAUCAGUUCAAACUAGAUAAAAACAUGCUCAAAAAACUUAUGACCAUCUACCCCAAAGUUAUUACAGCUAAUCUCCGUAUGCUCAUUUUGAACAAGCUCUCAAUGUCCGAUGAGUUCGGCUUCAAGUUCCACGAAAUACAGAACGUUCUAAUGACGGCGCCAAAACUUUUCACCAUGAAUAAGCAGCACCUUCUACUCCGUUUCGAUAUUCUCCAUGGCGAGAUCGGCUAUGAUCAUGAAAUGAUCGCCACUGUUCCAAAGGUUCUGUUUUGUCGGGAUUUUCGGCUCAAGCAAAGGCUAGAAUUUCUCCGGCAUCUUGAUCGUGCACAAUUCAAUCCGAAGCUGCCAGCAUUCGUAACGCCGAUCCAGAUCGCGACAACAUCGGAUGAGAUAUUCGUCACAAAGGUGGCCAAAUCAACCAUGGAAGAGUUUGAGAACUUUAUUAAAAUGCACUGAUCAAUCAAACAGUCAUAUGUUGCCUAUUACCCAGAUUGACUGUAAACCAGAGCUAUUUUUGUAACACUAUCUCUAUGAAGCUGUUGCCUUCGUUUGCAUUGGUUUCUGUCGUCUAUUAUUUCGAUUCGUUUAUGCGGUUGUCAAUAUGCGUGUACUGUACCUUUGACUCAUUAAUAGAAAAAAUCUCAAGUCGAAUCUAAGUUGAACGCUCAUUACGCAGAAAAGUCGAUAUCACCUGAUGCGGUCACCCUCCAUAUAGUGUAUCUUCCUACCUGUAGUUCCUUGAAUGAGAAAACGUAAGCGUUAAUUUAAAGGGUUUAUUUGCUACCAAUCUGACGUAAACACUUGUUGUUGCUGACAUGAUGUGCUAAUUGGUGGCAUGAGAAUGUAUUGGAUGAAUUCACAUCAAAUGUCAGCAACGGCGAUUUCAUUAGCCUAUUCUCAGCUUGGGCAACCAGUUACCAGUUACCGUGUCCAAAACGCAUGAGAAUUCGCACAUUAUUUUGAAAAUUCUCAUUAUAAACGGGGGUAUGUAGGCGUUGUAAUAAGAGAACUUACUAUAUUAGAGAUAUUCACGUCUAUUCAAUUCUGUAAACUGAUAAGUUGUACUACACAUAGCAUACUAUACAGCCAGAAAAAUAGAUUUAACAUAUAUUCGAAUUCAGAAUUGGUUCAUUCAUUUUAGUUCUUAUAUAAAUCCAUCCUUCUGACCGGUCGAACAAGACACAUAACGUUAUGUCAUGUGUGUAAAAAUAUUUAUAUACGCACCUAAAAUAUUUAACAAUUUAAUAGCAUAUAAUAAUUUACGUUUUCGUAAUGCUGAACGCAUAUAUAUUUCACAUUUCAAAAGAUGCUUGCUAGUAUAUUGAGCUUUUCGCUCGCUACGGAGCUAAAAUGUUUUUGUCAAGACGGAAGUUUGAAUUUAGUGAAAGGAUGGCAGUCUGACUUUUAUUAACAAUUAAUAGGAAGAGCCUGAAAAUCUGAACGUUUUCGUUUGACUGAUUACUGUAUUGGAGAUAACUGACCUCUCCAGUAGGAACUAUUAGCUUCCGAAAUUUAAAUUGUCAAAGUAUAGGCAAAAGUAGUUGAAAACACGGGCAAUCGUAAUUUGAUCAGUUGCAAAACAGUUCAGUAUGACUGAUUAUUAUUGAGUACGUUUAAUUAUACGUUACCCAAAUACGUUAAAUUAUCUUUCUCAGGGCCACCUGAUUAUUGGCUCAUUAGGUCAGAUCUCACUGUACCUUGACAACGGAUGUUGAAGAACUUUGUGGUCGCAACUAUCGAAAAACUCAAAAUUGAUAGUCUUACACCGACGCCAUCGUUGCCAGCCUUACCCUCGUAGAUUAACGUUGGCUUUCCUGACGUGCUAGCUCAACUGAGGAGCAGUUGAAAUAAAAUUUGCUAACUUUAUUCUCUUAUGUAAUGAAGAAAUUUACUCCUUGUGUAAGCCCACUUCAACCUUUACACAAGCCUUAGCUUGGAUCGUCACUUAAGACGCAUCAGGGUCUUGCCUGGAGUCUAGCGGAAUUGAGGAAUCUAAUCUCUACGUAGCGAUGCUAAACACUAGGAAGUGGUACAAAGAAUCAAAUGAAAUUCUAUACCUGUGCUGUAUUACUUGUGUGUGAGGAACACGUUUGGUGAUAAUAUAAAUAAGGCGGACGCCUUAUGCGGUUUUUUCGAGAGUAUAAACAGUCAGAUUAUUGCUAUCAAAAUGUUGUGCAGCAUGCGGAAAUAACUCCAGUGAUACUGGUCUUGUCUGAUGUUAUUUAAGGUAAAAAUAAAAUGCGACCGAUGUCUGAUAUUUUCCCACUGAUAUAUGGUAAUUUGCAGUUACUUGAAAUUACUAAGUAUUUAAGAGUAGAAAUGUGAAUAUCCUCAUUAUUAUUAUUAUUGUUAUCAAUGCUAUAUAGCAGUAGGUUGA